UCCGGACAUUCCGGCCAAAGGAGGUAAACAGAGAGUAAGGGAGUGCGUAGGAUAAACAGUGUGUGCGCAAGAUAAGGAACAUCUCAAACGAUCUUCUUCCAGAAACCCUAGAUUUCCGUUUUUUUUAAGAGCCGAACGAUCCAAACCUCUGAUUCUUCCCAUUCAUAUGGUUACUCAAUCCGAAUCCGAAUCCGACGGAAUUUCUUUGCGGAUUCUGACCGAGCAAUCCGAUAUUCUCCGUCCGUUGGAGCGUAUAUUAGUCGCGCUUCUUCUGCCACACGCGUCCGCUUUUCGUGCCUGAAUACCCGUUAUAUUUCUCUUUUUCCUGCUUCCGUAUUCUUCCUCCGGCUGCGGAUCUCGAUCUAGGUUUUUCUCGAUCGCAAGUUUGGAAGGGUUUAGGUUUUGAUUAAUUUUCGAGAUCGAUCUGGUGGCAACAGCGAUGGGUAGUGGCCAGUUGAUCUCCGUUGAUCCGGAGGAGCUCAAAUUCCAAUUUGAGCUUGAGAAGCAAUGCUAUUGCGAUCUCAAAGUUGUGAACAAAACCGAACAUCAUGUAGCCUUUAAGGUCAAAACCACAUCACCCAAGAAGUACUUUGUGAGACCCAACACUGGCAUCAUACAACCAUGGGACUCAUGUGUUGUGACAGUCACCCUCCAAGCACAAAGAGAGUAUCCCCCCGAUAUGCAAUGCAGAGAUAAAUUUCUCCUGCAGAGUACAAAAGUGCCUCCAACUACGGACAUUGAUGAGAUCCCCCAAGAUGCAUUCAAUAAAGAUGAUGGAAAAGUAAUAGAGGAGCGCAAGCUGAAGGUUGUUUAUACUACCCCUUCCGGUUCUGGUCAUGGGAAUUCAGAAUCAGAAUCAUUACUUAGUUCAUCAAUAUCAAGGAGCAGCACAAGGCAUAACUCUGAUGUAGUUUCGAUGGACUUCUGCUCAAGCGUUGAAGAUUUCCAAGCAUUGCAGCGUCUCAAAGAGGAAAGGGAUUCUGCUCGUAAACAAACUCAGCAAUUGCAACAGGAACUGGAGAUGCUGAAGAGACGUAGGGGCCGCAGAAGUGACGAGGGCUUCUCCUUGACUUUUGCUGCCUUUGUUGGACUCAUUGGUAUUCUGUUUGGCUUCCUCUUAAACUUUACAUUGUCUGGACCACCAUCUGCUGAAUAACUUCACGUAAGUUUUUCAACCUCGGAAUUCCUGUGAAGAUAGCCUUCUUGUCCUGCCUUUGUAUUCUAGUGCUCUGGAAUGGGAACAUUUGUAAUAUUUGAUUGGUUUGCAAAUUAGUGCAUUUUCUUUAUCUAUUGGCUCCGCAAAGCCUGUUCAGUCCUCGAAUUAACUUAGGGAGAGCUGUUUGGCUUCACCUUUUUCUGUAUAUUGGUAUGUCUGUACUUUUUCUCUGAAACAUAACUAUUGGGAGGUUUUCCUUUGUUUUUGUUCUUUAUUACUCGUGUUAUGCGGAAGCUGUGGGAGACUGAAUUUUAUCUUCUGAACAAUUAUGUCUAAUAAAAAGAUCUUUUUUACCUUUGCAUUUUCAA